AUGGUCGGAGUUCCCGGACGGUCCAGAGGGUGCGCGACCUGCCGCAAGCGGAAAAGAGGCUGCGACAGAGCAUGGCCAUCUUGUGGCCAGUGCCAGAAUGCAGGUGUAGAAUGUGGCGGUUAUGAGAAGAAGCACAUAUUCUUGGUCAGCACAGCAGAAUCAGUUCAGGGCUCAACCAAGCUGAACACGGCCUUCUACUCGAAAGACAGAGGCGAGAACAAGCCAUUCGAGAUAAAGCCAUAUCAACCACGAAGCACACAGCCGAGCUUGGAACUACUCUCCAACAAGCUUGCACGUAGUGCUUUUGAAGAGAACGCCGUGGGCGAGUUCUGGGAUUGUUAUCUUCCCAAUGCGCGCUCAGCCUUAUCCAGGAUAGUGCAGUAUUCAAGCACCGGAUGGGUGGCGGUUGCUCAAGAUCUGUUCCAGGGGAAUCGAGUCCUUCGCAGAGCAGUUUUAACCAACGCCGUGGGAUUGUGGGCGCGAGAGAAAAAUGUCCCGCAGAUGCUCCCUUCUUGCCAACAAAUGUAUGGACAAACAUUACGCUCAGUCGCGAGUUAUAUCGGGAACACAAAUGAGCAGCAGGACCUGGCAUCUAUUAUUCUCGUUGGAAGCAUGCUAUGUUUGUAUGAGUGUACGUAUGCCCCGGGUUGCGAGUUAUUCAGCUCCAAGCAGAUGGAAAAGUACUUCGCCCAUGUAUUCGGGUUCGAGGCACUUAUGAUGUCGAAAGACCCUUCAUUUUACGCACAGGGCAUGCUACAUUAUAUAUUUUGCGAUACGCGUUUUCAACAGAUCACUCUCCAGUUGCAGCUGCGGAAAAAAGCACCACUUGCCGAGAAGAAAUGGACAACGUUGCCAUGGAUGUAUAUACCGAAGACAACGAAGGAUAUUCUUAUUGAUAUCAUGGCAGAUUUGUGCUGUGUUGUUGAAAAGAGUGACUCAAUGGCACUUCAAGGAUCGACACCUGAGCAGGCUUCUCAAAGGAAAGAGGUGGUAUUGGAAUGCUGGAGGCUCCAUCAAGAGAUGCAGAAAUGGACGGCUGGUUUAGGCUACCCAGCCAUCCAUUAUCUAAACAGAGCCAAAGCCGGUUCAGGGACGAGAGUCGAGCCAACAGCAGAAGAGUGCGCAAUCAGUGAAAUGUCGCUUCUUUAUUGCUCCACAUGCAUCAUUCUGUACGAAUGUCUUCGGGCAAAUUCCGACAAAUCUGAUAUUACCGAUUGGCCUGAAGAGACGGACCCCCGCCUGUACUGCCAUAAAAUCGCCUCGUUUCUAGAAUUCUUCAUGCCAUUUGAACAGGGGCGAAAAAUCAUACAAAUGGUUAUAUUUGCCGUGCUUACUGGUCUUCAAUUCAUUACCAGGCAGGAGGCACUAGGGGAUAAUUUGGCUGUGGAAAGAAUGGCCUUGUCCAUGAGCUUGGGAGAUUUGCGUGAAGUUAUCUUGGGAGCAGUUGAUGGUGUUGAUCAAGCCUCGACGAUCCAUCAUGUCAAGGAACUAUCAGUGUCGCAGCAGAUAGCCUAA